AUGGAAGACAGAGUUGUCAAGAUCUCUGCCGUGGCCUUGAUCAAGAUGUAUGAAAUCAUGGGGGUCAUGUACGGGCGCGUUCGUGACCACGCCUUCUGGAUCACCGACGCUGCGGCACUUCCGGUUCAAGGAACGGAGACCAGAGUGAAUGCUGGCAAUGAGUUCCAGGAAUCCAACAAAACCGUCGGGAAGAAUGACCUUUUGCGCGGCUGGUAUCACUCGCAGGGCUACACUCCACCGGCCAGCGGGAGCUCCGAGUAUCAGACCAUUCCCCUGGACAAGAUCGAAGACUUUGGUGCAUACGCGAACUCGUACUACCCCCUCAAAGUCGAGAUCUACAAGACGAAAACCGACGAAAAGCUGCUGGACCUGCUCUGGAACAAGUACUGGGUUGCAACUUUGAGCCAGGGCCAGAUCCUGACGAGUCGGGCGUACACCACCUCGCAGAUAAAGGACCUAAACGCCAAACUCAACUCUGCCGGCAGCCGACUGGGAGAGCAGCACGCGGCUCUCAAAAUCAAGAACUCAGACGCAAAGGAUAAGAAGCAGGAGGACUCUGUUGAGAUCGCCCCGACAGCUAUCUCGGGACCCGCAGCCGACGCACGUGUACCCCCGGAGCACCUCAUGAUUCCGAGCCUCGAUCAUUGUCUUCCUCAACCACACUCUAAGCCAGCCCCUUCCCCUCGUCAUCUGGGGCUCUACUCGUCUGCUGCAGGCUGCUGUCCUGUGAUCGCUUCAACCUCUGUGAUUCGUGACGCCCGACAUGCCCGUUCGCAACCUCGAUGGAAGCUUGCGCAGACUGCUCCUCUCAGCGCGCUGGCUGGAACGCGCCUGGGAAUCGACGUCACUUACUAUGUCAAGCAGCUCCUGCAAGAUGCCGACCAGCGCGAGCCUCUGAUCGCCUCCACGGGAGGUCUGCCCCUUUCCCUCGCGAACCGCAUCGAAAGUGAUCUGCGCCAGCUAGACAAGGCUGGCAUCAAGCCUGUCUUCGUGUUCUCGGGUCUCCCUCUCACAUCUCGGCCACCCACAAAGGGAACCAACAAUCAGGCUGAACGAGAGAACAUGGUGAAGAACGAGGCGUGGUCAUACUACGAGGACGGCCAGGUGGACAGGGCUGUCGUUGCUCUCACACAGGUUCGAGGCGGUCAGUGGGUCGACGUGCAAGACGUCGUGCGUCUCAUUCUUCGUGCGUUUAAGCACCGCUUCGUCGAGUACGUCAUUGCUCCCUAUCUCGCGUCUGCACAGCUUGCCUACCUCCUCCGUCACCCGAAGGGCUACAUUCACGCCAUGUGGUCAGACUCUGAAGCGCUGUUGUGGACGGUUGACAAGGUCAUUACCAACAUUGAUUGGUCUGGCACGUUCACCUUCUACGAGAAGUCUCGAAUCCUCUCCGACCUCGGUAUGACGGCGGACCAGUUCCUGGACUUGGGUCUCCUGGCAGGUUGUUCGCUCUGUCGAACGUUCCCUCCGAUCGCCGACACGUUCUCGAUCCGGUCGGCCAUCGACCUCAUCCGUCAAUACAAGACGGGCAUCGUCACUUGCCAGGCGUGGCGGGAAUCGCCCGCUGUCAAGGCCUCUAACUACGGCGAGGUCUUCAUGCGUGCCCGCUUAGCCGUCAAGUACUCCCUUAUUCUCACGACAGAGGGCGCCUGUGUGCCGCUCCCUCUCGUUGUCCCACCCCCCAACGCGGUCAUCACUCCGGCCGACAUUCCGUCCGACCUGGACGAGAUCUUCUCUCCUCGCCUGCCGGACGAACUCUACUUCUUCAUCUGCCGAGGCAUGGUUGCAGCAAACUUGGUUGGAUACCUCGCCACGGGAGUCAUUGAUGAGCGACAGCCUCUGGCUGACUCGCCAGAAUACCGCCGGUUUAUCAAAGACAUCAUCACCGAGGGUGCCACGUCACCCCUUGCUCACCCGACUAACCCACAGUCCGCUCACUACUACUUUGAUCCUGCCUUUGCACCAGUCAUGGGCACUGCUGUUCCCAUCACUGAUCCCCUCACUCAAUCGCUCGUGGAGAAGUGCGCCACUUGGAAGGUGCCCCACCACGUCCUCGUUGACGAGCUGCGACGACAGAGUCUCUGCAUUGGCACAUUGGAGAAGGACGAGACGAUCGCAUACACCAAGAAAGAGAAGGCUGCCAAGAUCCUCGAGAAGAAGGAUGAGAUUGUCGCCAACAUUAUCUGGCGCUUCCUUGACGUCCGAGGUCACCACCAGACUGUCAUGGGCAAGGCUUUCCAUGCUGCGUGUAAUUCCGCGCGAGUGACGGACAAGCUGCAGGAGCCGAUCUACAUCAUCCUGGAGCUUCUUCGGGCCGGCGUCGUUCACGGUCACCGAUUCGGAGGACCGAACGCUCCUGUUCUGUCCGGAGGACCGAGCUUUGGCACGGAUGAGGAGCAGAGCAACACGCUGCUGAUCAUGCGAGUGCUGAGUGCCAUCCCCCUCAACUUCCGCUGGAGUGGACCUCUGUCCCGCGAGCUGCUCGUCUUCAACUCGUUUGUCAAGUCGACUACGAAAGCUUUGCGCCAUCUCCUGGAGGCUAUCAACGUCCACAUUCUUCUGUCUGGAGAUGCCAGGCGCAUGCGCGACGACUAUCUCGACAUGUGCAUCUCGCUUCCCUUCCAAGUCGACGUCAACACUGGCUUUGGAAUCCUGGCCAAAACGUACCUCGACGCCGCCACAUUCCACUAUGGAGACACAAUCACGGCUGAGAACGCCCAGACUGAUGAGGUCAAGCAAGCGAAGAAGGCUGCGCUUGAGUUUGUCGAUCAAGCAUUCACGGGCGUCAAGGCACCGACGCACGAGGUUGAGCGUGGCUUCCGCUUCUGGGACGCCAUCAUGGUGGCCAUUCGGACGUUGAAUCAGGAACAGGGUCCUAACCCGACAGUCGCCAACACGGUGAUCCAGCCCGAUGUCAUUGAGCAGUUUGAGCGCGCAGACAAGUGGUUGGAGCCCAUGAGGCCUUAG